AUGCCGUACUGCGUAGUUCCUGACCACCACCACCACAGCAAUGACCAAAGCUCCGCGGAAAACGGCGGAUCAGGCGCCACAGAGAGCGGCGGAAAUGGCGGCGGGGAUGACGGGGCUGGCGAGAAAGUGAGACUUUUCUACGAGACGUACGGCCAUGGAGACACGAAAGUGCUUAUGAUAAUGGGCCUCGCCUCUGGGCACACUGCUUGGCGAUUCCAGGUGAAGGCUCUGGCUGGUCUCGCCUCUGGGCACGCUGCGUGGCGAUUCCAGGUUAAGGCUCUGGUGGGCACGGAUGUUCCCAAUGGUGAAUGCUCUGGCGGGGCACAGGUGUUCCCAACGGGGAGUGGAGGUGUCUACAAUCAACUAGAUCUGUCGCUUUCCCCUUCCCUCUCCCGUUUUCCCUCCCUCUAUCCCUCCCACUCAGGCCUCGCCUCUGGCCAUGCUGCGUGGCGGUACCAGGUGAAUGCUCUGGCGGGCACAGGUGUUCCCAACGGUGGGGGGCAGCACAAGGAGUCUAUUUUUGAGUCGAGUGGACUCGAAAGAAGGGAUACUGGGGAGGGAACGGGUACUCCCAAGGGUGGGAGGCGGCAGGAGGGCGCGGAAGAGAAAGGGGAGAAGGGAGAGGAGGGGAAUGAUGAGGAGAAGGAGAGAGGUGACGAGGAGUUUGGUAAUGGGGAGUGUUGUUGUAAUGGGAGCAGGGAUGGGAAGGGAGGGGGACGGGUGGAAGGGGAAGGAGUCGAGAGAGGAGUGGGCGAUGGGUUAGCUGCUCGUUUGCUGUGCUACGGGGAGGUGAGGGGAGGUGAGGCGUGUGUGUUUGGCAACCGGGGAGUGGGGCACAGCUCGUGCCCCUCAGACCCCACCCAGUGCACUACGGAGGUGAUGGCAGCAGAUGCACUGUUCCUGGCGGAUCAUCUCGGCUGGACCAGGUUCCACUUGGUUGGCCAUUCCAUGGGCGGCAUGAUAGCAUGCAAGGUGGCAGCAGCAGCAUCACACAGAAUCAUCUCCCUUGCUCUCAUCAGCGUUAGCGGGGGGGGCUUCGACCUUCUCCCCCGCCUGGACUCGCGUGUCUUCUCCAUUGUCUACCGUCUGUUGAAUGCUCGAACCCCGGAGCUGAGGGCUCAGGUGGACCUGGAUACGCACUUCUCGCAGGAAUACAUGGAGGAAACGGAGGCAGGCAGUGGCAUGUCGCGAAGAGAAGCUCUACACAUGGAGUAUGUGCGCGAGCUGUCAGCACCAUCCGCCAUGCAGACACCCCACCAGGAGUAUGUGCGCGAGCUGUCAGCACCGUCCGCCAUGCAGACACCUCAUGGUGCGAACGGGCACCUCAACGCAUGCUGGACGCACUCCCUCACACCACACGAUGUGGAUGAGAUCUGCAGCGCUCACAUCCCCACCGCCGUCAUUCAUGGGAGGGAUGACGUCAUUGCUCACAUUUCAUUGGGCGAGAGGGUCGCUAGGAGUCUAGGAAGGGUGGCGCGCUUCUUGCCUCUCAUGGGAGCGCACAUGGUGCUGCGGGAGAGAGCACAUGAGGUGAACGCGUGCCUGGCUGUGCUGAUGGAGGUGGCCGAGAGGAGAGUACCGGUGGAGGAGUGGGUGGAAAGCUACAGGGACGAUAGGCUGCCUGUUCCUGCCACGUGGCAGAAUGAGAUAGGACGCAGCAGCUCCCAAGACUUCACAAACCCGUUCUUCCAGUUUCCCUCUCAGUGGUUUCAGCCUGAAAUGUGGACGCUGUUUAGUAGAACAUGGGUGUGA